AUCGCUCACUCGAUCGAAUUGGAACAGAAUUUAGCUUCAAUCAUGGCGGCAGGGGGGGAGGGCGUAGAGAAUUCAAUGGAGUACCUGCUGAAGAAGUACCUGCUGCUGCUGGCCACCCUGGUGGCGACGGUGACCUACGCGGCGGGGCUCAACCCGCCGGGGGGCUCCUGGCCGGAGGACUCGCCGCCGUCGCCGGGCGGGCGGCGGAUCGCCGGCGACUCCAUCCUCCGGCAGACCAACUACCAGCGCUACAUCGUCUUCUACUUCUUCAACGCCUUCUCCUUCGCGGCGUCGCUCGUGGUUAGCCUCCUCCUCCUCGUCCUGCGCAAGGGCAUCCCCAGGUACCUGCUCCACCUCAUGCAGACGGUGAUGGUGGUCGACCUGCUCGGCCUCGUGGGCGCCUACGCCGCCGGCAGCGGCCACGACCGGUUCACCAGGGCCUGCGGCGACACUACAAAAAAUCUGAGCGAGCGCGCGGCGCGGCCGCAGGAGGAUCCUCACGGCGGCGAGGCGGCGAGCGAGCGCGAGAUCCUGCGGGCGGCGAGCGAGCGCGAGAUCCUGCUGGUGCUCGCCAUCUUCGCGGCGACCGUCGCGUACGCGGCCGGGCUGAACCCGCCCGGCGGCUUCUGGCGGAGCGAGGUGCAGGGCCACCACGCCGCCGGCGACCCCGUGCUGCAGCCCCUCCACCCCGGGCGCUACAGGGCCUUCUUCUUCUGCAACACCACCGCCUUCAUCGCGUCCCUGCUCGCCAUCAUGCUCGUCGUCGACCACAAGAAGCUCGACAUCCAGAGGACGUUCCUCAAGGUCGUCCCGGUGAGGGACGUCGCCCUCUAUGGCUUCAUCCUCACGGCGCUCUUGGGCCUCGGCGGCGCCUACGCCGCCGGGAGCUGCAGGGACGGCAAGCACACCAUCUAUGUUCUCGCCCUGGUUGCCCUAGUGCUUGCCUGCAUUUUCCUCCCGCGGCUUCUAAUCGGCAAAGAAGACAACACCCCCGCCGGCAGGGAUGAUGAUGGGAAAAAACACGAGGAUGAUGUGAACAAGAUUCGUGAUUGCAUUCAGCUGCUUGCCACUCUUGCGGCGACCAUUGCUUACCAGGCAGGACUAGAUCCACCUGGUGGCGUCUGGUCAAAGGACGGCCCGGAUCACAGCGUAGGAGACCCCAUCCUCCUGACCACGCACCCUGGGCGGUUCAAGGUCUUCUUCUACUUCAACUCGGCAGCCUUCGUGGCGUCCCUAGUCAUCAUGGUGAUGCUGCAGAAGGAGUCCCUGAUCAGGCUCCACGUGCUGGAGAAGGCCAUGGUUCUGGACCUGUUCGCCCUCAUCGGCGCCUACGCCGCCGGGAGCUGCAGGGACACCAACACCUCCAUCUACACGGUCGCCAUGGCCGGGGCCGUCCUCAUCUACGUGGUGAUCCACAUCGUCUUCUUCCAGGUAGACCAGAACGGCAGCGGCCAGCAUAAGGAGCUGGACGAGUACCGCGAGGUGCUGCUCCUCCUCGCAACCCUGGCGGCGACGCUCACCUACCAGGCCGGCCUGACCCCGCCUGGUGGCUUCUGGGAGGAAGACAAUGACAAGCUCAGGCACCGCGCGGGGUUCCCGGUGCUGGGGGACAAGUACCCGCGCCGCUACGAGGCCUUCUUCUACUGCAACGCGGCGAGCUUCAUGGCGUCCGUGGCUCUCAUCCUCCUCCUCCUCAACGCGAACCUGUACCGGCCGGGCAUCCGGUGCUACGCGCUCUAUGUCUGCAUGGUCGCCGGCAUGUUCGGCCUCAUGGCGGCCUACGCCGCCGGGAGCUCCCUGCACCUGCGGACCUCCGUCAUCGCCCUAGUACUGGUCGUUGCAGUUUGUGCAGCGCUGGUCUGCCUGGCGAUCAGGCAUUAUCGGCAGAGGCGGCCGCAGUCGCAGGAAUCGGCCGACGACAACAAGAAGAAAGACGAUGACACGAUGAUGCAGGAGUACCUGAUGCUGGUAGGAAUACUGGGCGCCAGCGUGACAUACUUCACGGGCCUCAAGCCACCCGGCGGCAUGUGGACGAUGGACGAGGGCGGCGGCAAUGGUGGGCACGCCGCCGGCAACCCGGUCCUCUACGACAUGAGCCGGCGGCGCUACAACGCUUUCUUCUACAGCAACUCCACCGCCUUCAUGGCCUCCAUUGUCGUGAUGGGCUUGCUGCUGUCGCGGAUGAUAUGGAAGCGGCGGCGCGACCACCACCUGCCGCUUUGGCCGAUGCACACGGCCAUGUUCCUGGGCAUGGCCGCUCUGCUGGUAGCCUACGCGGCAGGCAGCGCUCGGGACGCGUGCACGUCAUGGAGGGUCAUCGUGCUGCUCGUCCCCAUCGUCGCCUUUGUUAUGUGCCUCUUCGCCUUCUACAAGAAGAAACAAGAAGCAGCUACCGUACCCCAACCCCAAUAAGCAGCGGAGGCCAGGGCGCCUCAAGUUGAGGAAGGAAACUACAUAAAAAAAUUAAGGUUGUUACAGGGUCGUCUGCUUGCUUGCUUUGUUAAGCUUUUCUGAAGGAGGAGUCCGGUAUGGUUUCUGACUUAUUUUGCUCCCACAUGUUACUUUUUGUUUCUCCAAAAAUAUGGGUGAGUGGGUUUUAUUUCCCAGUGUCAUUUUGAGGAUGUGCAUUUUCUAUCUGUUUCUGUAAACGGCGGUACUUCAUUCAUGGGGAGUUUCCCAGAUGAAAUGAAGUAUCCUCGCAGUGGUAUUCAUGCAUCAAGAAUAAGGGAGACAAAAAAGUGUCAAUUCUAUUUUCUUGUGUU